CUUUCCUUCCUCAUCCAGUCUCUCUUUAAUCCUUGUCUCCUGUUGAUCCAGGUUUCCGUUCAUUCCAACAAAAUGCAUUUCAUCAAAACCUCUCUCUUGGCUGCCACCAUGGGCGCUGCGCUGGCCGCGGCUGCUCCCACCGACAUUGAGAAGCGCGCCAGCUGUACCUUCACCGACGCUGCUAAGGUUAAGUCUGGCAAGACCUCUUGCUCGACCAUCUACCUCAACAACAUCGCGGUCCCCGCCGGUGAAACUCUCGAUCUGACCGGCCUCAAGACGGGCACCACUGUCAUCUUCGAGGGUACCACCACUUUCGGCUACAAGGAAUGGAAGGGUCCCUUGAUCUCCAUGUCCGGUACCGACAUCACCGUCAAGCAGGCCUCCGGCGCCAAGAUCAACUGCGACGGUGCCCGCUGGUGGGACGGUAAGGGCGGCAACGGCGGCAAGACCAAGCCCAAGUUCUUCUACGCCCACAAGCUGGACCAGUCCAGCAUCACCGGACUUCAGGUCUACAACACCCCCGUGCAGGCCUUCAGCAUUCAGGCUAAUCACCUGACUAUCACUGAUGUGACCCUCGACAACUCCUCCGGUGCCUCCAGGGGCCACAACACCGAUGCCUUCGACAUUGGUUCCAGUACCUACGUCACCAUUGACGGUGCCAAGGUUUACAACCAGGACGACUGCUUGGCCAUCAACUCUGGACAGCACAUCACCUUCACCAACGGCUACUGCUCCGGUGGUCACGGUCUCUCCAUCGGCUCCGUCGGUGGCCGCAGCAACAACAUCGUCUCUGACGUGACCAUCUCCAACUCUCACAUCGUCAACUCCCAGAACGGUGCCCGCAUCAAGACCGUCUACGGCGCCACUGGUUCCGUCUCGGGUGUCAAGUUCGAGGACAUCACCCUCUCCAACAUCUCCAAGUACGGUAUCGUUGUCCAGCAGGAUUACAAGAACGGCUCGCCCACCGGUAACCCCACCAACGGUGUCGCCGUCAAGGACAUCACCUUCAACAAGGUCACCGGUACCGUUGAGAAGUCCGCCACCGAUAUCUACCUCCUUUGCGGUUCCGGCAGCUGCUCUGACUGGACCUGGUCCGGUGUCAGCGUCACCGGCGGUAAGAAGAGCCCCAAGUGCAAGAACGUUCCCGCCGGUGCUUCUUGCUAAGCGGGAGCAACUUCGGUCUGUUCCACGCUUUGCCUUGCCGGCUUUAAGAGUGCGAUCCAAUGGUGAUGGGGUGGCCCUUCAAUUGGGGCAAUGGGGAUGAAGUAUACUUCUCAAGCUCCUCAUGGGAGUUGGUACAGUACUUGUGCAUCUAAUCUAUAAUUCAU